GCAGACAAACUGAAGUAUUUUUACCUUUGUAAAUGUAAAGAAAGAGUAUUUUAAAAGACCAAACUCAUCUCAUUUUGCCUCUAUUGACAGUAGGUGUUAGCAAUCUAAUGGAGGCACGAAGGUGACCAUGGCUCAUUUAGAUUUUAAGGGUAGGGACUGGCUAAUAGUUCAUAUUGGUCAUUGAGGUUGUGAGUGGAGUCGGAUGCCAUGAGCCUGCAUUUCCUGAUGGCUUGUUUCUCAAAUAUGGCUGCAAGGGUGAUCUGGGGUUGUCCACUGAUCUUAGCACUCCUCCUAAUUAUUCUGUUGAAAGGACCUUUGUUCAACUCACUCAGGGAUCCAAACAUGCCAGGAUGUCAAAGAGGUGUAAUGACAGCUGGGCAGAUGAGCCCCAGUACUUCCAGCAGGUGCUCUACAUCCCAGUGUUCCUGCUGGGCCUGCUGCUCAACGUAUUGGCAGUGACCGUCCUCCUCCUGAAGCGCCGUCAGUGGACGGACACGCACAUCUACACGCUGAACUUGGCCCUGACAGACCUCGCCCUGGUGCUCUUCCUGCCUGUACGCGUGUUUGCUGCCUACCACCCUCUUGAGCCCUCGGACUUCUGCUCAGCCAUGGUCUCCAUCCAUUACAUCAACAUGUACGCCAGCAUCUUCACCGUCACCUGCAUCAGUGUGCACCGCUACCUCAGCAUCAGGUUCCCCUUCUGGGCCCGAGAGCAGAGCACCAAGAAACGUAUUGCUGUGCUAGUCUGCACUCUCAUCUGGGUAACGGUGGUGUCUCUAUGCCUCGUGUUUGGCUCUAACAACACUCCAGAAAAAUUGUGCACAUGUUACAGCCGUCGUGAUGAGGAGAGGCUUUCUCUUACAUUCCUCCUGGUGUUGGUGAUAUUGGGCUAUGUCCUCCCACUAGUGACACUGACUUUCUGUUCCAUCCAGACCUCUUGCAUUCUGCGUACAUCAGGAGAGCAUCAGAGUGGUGAGGAGACCUCUGUGCUAAAGAAGACAUUUGUUCGACUUGUAACAGCCAAUUGGAUUGUGUUUGUUGUUUGCUACACACCUAUCCAUGUGGCUAUGUGUUUGGUAGAGUACCACAAGGUCGACGUCGACCGCACAAGUUGGUCAUCACUGGAAGGCCUAAUUCAUAACUUCCGUGAGGUGGCUGAAUGGAUUGCCACCACAAACUGUUGCUUUGAUUCGUUUGGAUAUUACUUCUUGUUGAGGCAAUAUUUAAAAGAUGAGUCUCAAAGUGAUUCAGCAUCACCUACUAGAGGCAGAGCAACAUCAACUGACUUGAUGAACUUCACCUACUAAACUUCUAGCAACUGUCUUCUUGCUGGCUACCACAGACCUCUGAAGUUCGCCUACAAAAAAGCUGCCAUCUUUGAGAUCCGGUAUCUGGCGAUUUUUUUCUAUGGAAAAACAACAUGGAGAUUUUGAAUCGUCACACCUGUUAAACUCGCGGGGAUGAAAAAGUCUGAAAUGCAGACAUUUUUCUGAACACACUUUU